AUGCAAUCGGUGAAACCAAAUGAAUUACCUCAGAAUCCUUACGAACGUACAAAUAUAUUCGCUCGAUUAUGUUAUUGGUACACACUGCCAACAUUUUUCAAAGGACGUAACAAAUCUCUUAAUACCGAGGAUCUAUAUCGAGCAUUAAGUGAACAUGAAUCAGAGAUCCUUGGAAAUAAAAUAUGCCAAUCUUGGCAAAAGGAAUUAUAUCAAAAAGCAUAUUGCAAGAAACAGCCCAGUCUUCUCAAGGCCACGAUUCGGGUAUUUGGCUGUCGUUAUGCAUUCUUAGGAUUAAUAUUAUUUGUUCUGGAAUUGGGAUCGAGAUCAUCACAACCGGCAUUUCUUAUGGGACUAAUAGCAUACUAUACAAGUGGGGAACAAGAUAGACGCAUGGCAUAUCUGUAUGCAGCUGGGGUUAUAGUGUCCAGUAUAAUGAAUGUUAUGUUCAGCCAUAUCUACAGUAUGGGCACAAUGCAUUUGGGCAUGAAGAUGCGAGUGGCAAUGUGCAGUCUGAUCUAUAGGAAAUCAUUGCGUUUAAGUAAAACGACUGUGAAUAGUCCCUCGGCGGGACAGGUGAUCAAUUUGAUAUCGAACGAUGUUGGACGUCUAGAUGUGGCGACGACACUGUUGCACUAUCUCUGGGUGGGUCCGAUUUUAACAUGCAUGAUAACAUACCGAAUGUACAGUGAGAUUGAUAUUUCCGCCGUGUUUGGUGUUGCCUUUAUGCUCAUGUUUAUUCCCCUGCAAGUCUGGUUGGGUAAACAAACUUCUGCACUGCGUUUGCGUACCGCUUCACUGACCGAUGAACGUGUACGCAUGAUGAAUGAGAUCAUAUCCGGCAUUCAGGUCAUUAAAAUGUAUGCCUGGGAGAAUGCCUUCUGCAAGCUUGUAACCGAUGCCCGCAAAAAGGAAAUCAACAGCAUUCGUUACUCUUCGUACAUACGGGGCAUUCUCUUUUCGUAUGUUAUAUUUCUAACACGAGUAUCGGUAUUCCUAAGUUUGGUCGGUUUUGUUCUGUUGUGUAAUACCCUAACCGCCGAAAAGGUAUUUUUGAUCGCAGCCUAUUAUAAUAUUCUAAGAUCCACUAUGACAUUAUUUUUUCCAGAAGGUGUAUCGAUAUUGGCUGAAACAUUGGUGUCCCUUAAACGUAUUCAGGCAUUUUUGUUAUCUGAAGAGACUCAGGUUACGGAUAAAUCGAACAGCGGCAGUUGUUACAAUGAUAAUAAUGCAGCGAAAGAUAUUAGAGAAACGGAUGAUGAAAUAUCACAGGGGAAGGAUAUUGAGGAACAGCCAUUGGUGGCAAAUGGUCAUAGCACCGUUACUACGACUGGUAUAAUAAUUAACAAUUUCAAGGCUAAAUGGGAUCCACGUGCUUCGGAUUACAACUUGAAUGAUAUAAAUUUACGCAUAGAACCUGGCACUUUAGUGGCCAUUAUUGGUCCCGUUGGUUCAGGGAAAUCAAGUUUAAUACAAAGUAUCCUGGGAGAAUUGAAACCAGCAGCGGGAACAAUUAAAGUUAAUGGCACCUUUUCGUACGCCUCUCAAGAACCAUGGCUUUUCACUGGUACUGUACGACAAAAUAUUCUCUUUGGACAACCUAUGGAUCGAAGUCGUUAUCGCGCUGUGGUGAAAAAGUGUGCCUUGGAAAAGGAUUUUAAAUUGCUGCCCUAUGGCGAUAAAACCAUUGUGGGUGAACGCGGUGCCUCCUUGUCGGGGGGACAAAAAGGCCGUAUCAGUUUGGCAAGAGCUGUAUAUCGUCGAACAUCAAUUUAUCUUCUAGAUGAUCCUCUCAGUGCCGUUGAUACCCACGUGGGACGUCAUUUAUUCGACAAAUGUAUGCGUGGCCUGUUGCGUGACAAUAUCGUUGUCCUGGUCACACAUCAAUUGCAAUACUUACAAUCAGCCGACCAAAUUGUUAUCAUGGAUAAGGGACGUAUUUGCGCAAUGGGGUCAUAUGAAUCUCUUUCCCAAAAUGGUCAUGAUUUUGCUCAAAUGCUGACAAAUACCACAAAUGAAGAUUCCAUGGAAGCCACAAAAACUCGUAGCAGAUCCGAAAGCCAAGUGAAAGAUCGUCGAAGUAGUGUGACAUCCAUUAAUUCCCUUGCCGAUUCAGUAUAUCAGGAUACACCUCGCCAGGAUGAGGAAACUCAAGAAGAAGGCAAAAUUGGAUUGGAUCUCUAUAAGAAAUAUUUCAAAGCUGGAGGUGGAUUUUUUAUGUUUAUCGUUAUGCUAAUGUUUUGUGUAGUAUCUCAGGGCUUGGCUUCGUGUGGCGAUUACUUUUUGUCUUAUUGGGUCAAUAAGAAAAGAACCGAGGAAACCAAUCGUGUCGAAUUAGUUGCGUAUCUAAAUGCUACCGCGAAUGGAACAACUACCACACCGACGGAACCAUUUAUUUGGUCACCAUCAUAUCGAACGGAAUCAAGUCUUUCAAAUUGGCUAUCCCAGUACGGUAUUCAUGUAAAAUCGGACAUGCUUGACAUUUACAUCUUCACCAUUAUAACAGUGACCACAAUAGUUCUAACAAUUACACGAAGUUUUGUAUUCUUCAAUAUGGCCAUGAGAGCCUCACAAAAUUUACACAAUGCCAUGUUUAGGGGUAUAAUACGGGCCUCCAUGUACUUCUUCAAUACAAAUGCCUCUGGGCGAAUUUUGAAUCGUUUCUCCAAGGAUAUGGGUCAAAUCGAUGAAAAUCUACCGUCUGUGAUGAUCGAUGCCAUACAAAUUUUCCUAUCGAUAUUUGCUAUUGUUGUUGUUAUAUCUGUGAUAAAUCCUUUGUACCUGUUGCCCACAAUGGUUCUGGUGUUAAUAUUUUAUAAUCUUAGGGCAUUCUAUUUGAAAACAUCUCGAAGUGUAAAACGACUGGAGGCUAUAAAUCGUUCCCCCAUCUAUUCACAUUUGGGUGCCUCCAUGGCUGGCCUCUCAACAAUACGCGCAUUUGGCGCCCAACGUAUUCUGAUCAAGGAAUUCGAUAACUAUCAGGAUCUACAUAGUUCGGCGUUUUUUCUUUUCUCUACCACUUCGCGUGCAUUCGGCUAUUGGCUGGAUUGUUGUUGUGUGCUAUUUAUAGCUGUUGUUACAUUGAGUUUCUUUAUCUUUACCCCCGAGAAUGGUGGAGAUGUGGGUUUGGCCAUUACCCAAGUCAUGAGUUUGACUGGUAUGGUACAGUGGGGUAUGAGACAAUCUGCUGAAUUGGAAAAUGGUAUGACUUCCGUAGAACGAGUUGUGGAAUAUGAUGACAUACAACCUGAGGGUGAAUUAGAAUCGAAGGAGGAUAAGAAACCUCCAGAAACAUGGCCGGAAGCUGGCAAAAUCAUAUUUAAUGAAUUGAGUUUGCGUUAUGAUCCGGAUCCAAAAUCAGAAUAUGUUUUAAAGUCUCUUAAUAUUGCUAUUAAGCCAAGAGAAAAGGUGGGCAUUGUUGGACGCACUGGGGCUGGUAAAUCAUCACUGAUCAAUGCUCUGUUCCGCUUGUCAUAUACCGAUGGUUCCGUUAUCAUUGAUUCACGUGAUACCAAAACAAUGGGUUUACAUGAUUUACGUAGUAAAAUAUCGAUUAUACCUCAGGAGCCUGUACUGUUUUCGGGAACAAUGCGCUAUAAUUUAGAUCCAUUUGGUGAAUAUUCCGAUGCAAAAUUAUGGGAAGCUUUGGAGGAGGUCCAACUAAAAAAAGUGGUCUCCGAAUUGGAAAGUGGUCUGGAAACUAAAAUAGCCGAAGGUGGUUCCAAUUUCAGUGUUGGUCAACGUCAAUUGGUCUGUUUGGCCCGAGCUAUUUUACGCGAAAAUCGUAUUUUGGUUAUGGAUGAGGCCACCGCCAAUGUCGAUGCUCAAACCGAUGCAUUGAUACAAACAACUAUUCGCCAUAAAUUUAAACACUGUACCGUCCUGACGAUAGCACAUCGUCUACAUACAAUUAUGGAUUCGGACAAAGUGCUAGUAAUGGAUGGCGGACGGGUGAUUGAGUUCGGUUCCCCAUUUGAACUGUUAACGGAAAGUGAUAAGAAAGUAUUUCUCGAUAUGGUUGAACAAACGGGGAAAUCCACCUCAGAAAGUUUACUACAGAUUGCCCAGAAGGCAUAUAAAAGAAAUAAUCGACUGAAAAACAAACAAUCGAAAAAAUAG